AUGCAGCUGAUGGACGAAGCACAAGGUCCCCACCAUUCCAUUUCGCAAACCGGCUGUGUCUCGUUGUCCAAGCUUGCCCGUGUUGCAUCGGUGAAGAGGUGGACGGGCAUUAGCUCUCGGACUGCCUCGCAGAUGUUUCCCUUUUGGGGGUUCAAAAAGUCAAGAAAGCAAGAAUGAAAAUGAAAAUCUGAACAAAUAAAACAACAGAUCACUUCGCCAACGUGCAAAGCAGAUAACGCAACAGUUACCUCGUCACAAACGCGAGGUGGUAUUCACGUUGCAAUACC